AUGUAUCCUUCGCUAGUAUCGCUGCUGCUCGUCGGCUCUGCCACAGCCUGGCUUCCCCACGAGCACGAUUUGGCGGCAUUCAACCAGACAGCUCGCCACGAACAACUCGGAAAGCGCUUCAAGCCAGACUUAGCCGAUGGCAUAACCAAGAUCCGCGGCGUCAAUUUCGGCGGCUGGCUGGUCUGUGAAAAAUGGCUACAGCAAAACACAUGGAGUAACCUCCUCAAAUGCGGCAACUCUGAAUCAGAGUUUGACUGCAUGAACGAUCACUACAAAGGCGACAACCGCGAAACAGGAAACAAGCGCUUUGAAGAACAUUGGAAAACGUGGAUUGAUCCCGCCACUGUUCAAUCUGUCCACGAUGUUGGCCUCAACACCAUUCGCAUCCCGAUCGGAUACUGGUCCUACACGGAUAUUGUUGAUAAGAAAUCCGAGCCAUUCGCUGACGGCGAUCGCAUGUUGCCUUACCUCGAUGCUGUGGUGAAGAAAGCUGCUGAGCUGGGCAUCUAUGUCAUCAUGGACCUUCACGGUGCGCCCGGCGGGCAGCAAGAGGAUGUGUUCACGGGUCAGAACAAUAAACCCGCUGGAUUCUACAACGAUUACAACUUUGGUCGCGCGGAGAAAUGGCUGGCUUGGAUGACGGAUCGUAUUCACAACAAUCCCGACUAUAAGACGGUCGGCAUGAUCGAGGUUCUCAAUGAACCCGUCUCGCGUCACGACGCUGGCAAUCGGUACCCAGCUCCAGGUCAAGAUCCAGGCUUGGUAGAGAAAUACUACCCCGCCGCCCUAAAAGCAGUCCGCGACACGGAAGCCAAGUUGAAGGUUUCCGACGACAAGAAACUCCACGUUCAAUUCAUGUCCAAGAAAUGGGACUCCGGUGACCCUCGCACCCAAUCCUCCAUCAAGAAUGAUCCCCUCGUCGCAUUCGACGACCACAAUUAUAUCGGCUUCGCCCUCAACGACAAUCAGCACAGCAAUGCCGACCCAACCAAGCUGAUGCACAGCGCCUGUACCGACAACCGCGUGGUCGACGGUCAAGACUUUACAUUCACUGGAGAAUGGAGCAUGACUUCAGACUACGAUUGGAAGGAUAAAGAGUUCUUUAACAAGUUCUUUACAGCGCAGCAGCAGCUUUAUGAAGAGCCUGGUAUGAGUGGAUGGGUUUACUGGACUUGGAAGACUGAGACUAAUGAUCCGAGAUGGACGUAUUCUUAUGCUACGUAUUUGGGAUAUGUUCCUACUGAUGCGGCGGGGUUGCAGAAGAAUGUGUAUAGGGACGUUUGUGCUGGAUAUAGAUAG